UGUCAAAGUAGUGAGAGUUUUCGGUGUUUAUGUUUUCCCAGAGUGUGUUUUUUGUCUUAAAUAUCUGUGAAAAUGAAUCCAGAAAUGAGCAGUUCUGUGCAAUCGCGGAAAACAGGUCCUCACGGAACACCAGAGAGUGAAUUCAGCAUUGAGUGCUUCCAGAACUACUUGGCUCCGGAGGUUUUCGUGCAAGGCUUGGCGGGCAUCGUCAACCAGGGCGAAGUGGAGAGGAUUAUCUACAACCAGAAGCAGAUGCUUCAGCGCUUCGAGAAGACCAAUGAAAUGACUCUGAAUUGCAAUAUUCUGAGUGCGAGUCGACUGAAGAAAGCCAAUGAGGACUUCAAAGAACACACAAAGCUGCUGCACGAGAUGAAGAAGGAUCUGGAUUACAUCUUCAAGAAGAUCAGAACCAUCAGGGGAAAGUUGACGGCUCAAUAUCCUCAGGCUUUUGCUGAAUUAGAGCCGCAGCGAAGCAGUUUCGCCGAAGAGGCUGAAGAUGAGACUGAAGGAGCGGCUGCAAAGGCAGUGGACGCAGUGGAACAGAGCUCCAAAGCUCCAGAGAAGAAGUUGUUUAGCAAGAAGUCACAGGAAGUGGAAUACGUCCAGAUGGAGGGAUCGGAUAACAAUGCCAGCGGCAGUAAUUUAUCCACUCGCACAAGUUCUACAGAUAAUUCCAAUGAUUCCUUGUCCGACACGGGCUGAAGGAUGUUGUGAGGCUUCAGCUUGCUCAUUGAAG